UGUGUUUGUUAUAAAAAAAUCUUUGCUACAGUCGUGUUGAAUAAAAUGGGAAUCUCAUUUGUUGUCUCCGCAAAGAGGGCGUUUCGGGAAUGAAGUAAUCUCGCGUAGGGUAUGGAAUAUAGAGAAUUGAUACUGUACUGUUUGUGUAGUCAAUAUUUUUCAUAAGUAGAUAGCCUAUUGAAAAUGUCAGCAUAGCCAUUUGAUGGUCUCUAUUCGAAAAACCGAGUCGAUGCAAAGACUUGUUAGGCGGUUCGUUGUCGGGGGGAAAUGACAGAGGGGGACUAAAACAGGGAGGAAUGGCAGCUAACCUUGCUAAUGGGAGUGUACUGUACGGGUAGACAUUUAACAAUGUAAGUGUAUCAAACAAUUAAAUCAGUAGAUGGCUACAUUGUAGCCAAGUUGUUUGAGCGCGUGUAGUGCACGGUUAUAAUGGUUACAUUGUAUCAGCAUCCAGAGUGUAGAUUUGCUGCAACGUCGCUGCAAGGCAAGCGUUUCCCUUUUUUGUGUGGCUAUCCGUGGUGGACAAUGAUGGUGGCUGGGACUCCGGUCACACACUGUUACUGCUACACUGCUCGAGUAGGCUACAAUGUUGCACUGCUGAGCUGAAUCAAACCGAACCAAGGAGUUCAUAUUACCUUUGGAUUAAGACGCGGGCAAAUCCUGUGUUCAUAAGGGUUGGUAUGCCACGUCAUUUUUAUUAUAUGUACACGUCAAAAUACAGUGGCCUACUACCAGAAUAUAUGUUAUCCAGACUAAAUAAUAUUGAAGCCCUUUUGACAAUUAUGUGAUAGGGAUGAUGUCUUUUGCAUGUACUAUAUGUCUAAAAUUCAGGCCUGGUGUUGUGUUAUGUGUUGCAGUACUAAUCAGUGAGGUCUGCUGCAAUUAUGGAUGAUCAUCAUCACCAUCAUCUUCAACUUCAUCAUCACACACAAGGAAGCAUGUCACCAUCAUAUGUGCCAAGGAAGAGGAAGGCUUCACAGCCAAAACAAAAAAGUGGUGUUCCAUUACCAGGUAAAUGUCACUAUCACUAGAUGUUUGACAAAUUGUCAGUUUACUGAGCAAACUUUAGAGUUGAAUGCUAAAUGACAUUCUGUCCAAAUCUGUCACUGGCCAGUUGCAAUUGCAAAUGUCUUUAAUCUUGAUAAUUAUUGCCUGUGUAGUCUCCAUUUAUGCAUUUAAUGCAUAUUGUCUCGGAAACUCUCUUUUAAUAGUGGUUUGUAGGAACUAAUGAAAAUGUGCCCAUAAUCCAACAGCUAUCCAGAGGAUGCCAGAUAUGAGUGUGAUGAGCAUGAUUGGUGCUCCACCUAAGGUAAGAAUAAAUACCCUAGUCAAAAAAUCCUAUCGGAUCAGUGAUUUUUCCAAUAGAAUCCUAUAGGAUUCUCACAAUUCUAUAGGAUUUUGUGUCACCUCUAUCAGAAUCUUAUUGGACUAUUUUUUUCCUAUUGGAAAUCAAAAGUAAUCCUAAUGGAUUCUAUAGGAUUCUCGCAAUCCUAUAUGAUUUUGUCACCUCUUUCAGAAUCCUAUUGGCUACUUUUUCCCUUUUGGAAAACAAAAUUAAUCCUAUUGGAUCCUAUAGCUUUUUGAUCAAUUUUGUAGGGUUUUGUCAACCCAAUCAGAAGCCUAUUAUUUAAAAAAAAUCUUAAUUGAACCCAUUAAAUCUUGUAAUUUGUUACAGUAACAUACAACAAUAUUAAGUACAACAUUUUCGUUGAUCGGAAACAACAGUUCUAUAUUCAUUUUGGUUUUAUUCACCACCACAAUAUGGGAGUGAUUCAAGGCAGGAGGUUAAUUUGCAGUAUGACCACCUUUUUCAACAAAGAACUCACUUGAGUUAUUUGAUUUGAUUCUUAUUCAUGCAAUUUCCUGUCUUUGAAUUAGACAUUUCAAUAUGACAUACAAUUUUACAAUAACACAAGAUUUUGGGGAGUUUUCCCCUUAGAAUGCACAGCAUCUUUACAUUGCUUAUAUGCAAAUAAAAAGUAGAAGGAAAAUACAAUUUUAGGUACAGUAACAUUUACAUUUUAGUCAUUUAGCAGACGCUCUUAUCCAGAGCGACUUACAGUAGUGAGUGCAUACAUUUUCAUACUAGUACCUCGUGGGAAUCGAACCCAGUAUCCUGGCAUUGCAAGCGCCAUGCUCUACCAACUGAGCUAUAUGGGGCACAAAGAUAUGAGUAUUUUUAUUUAUUUAAUAUAUAAUAGUUAGCUAUGCAUACAAAACAGAGAAUGUUCCCUUUACCCUCUUUAUGUUAGGAUAGGGAGAGGAAAAGAAAAACAAAGAUAAUGAGGGACCCCCCAACUCCUUCGCUCCCAAGGUUGUACCACCCCCUCUCCCUCCCUACCUGCCUCCCUACCCUUCGUCCCCCCCUCCCUUCCUCCCAGGGUUGUACCCCCUCCCCCGAGAGCUGUCCCCCCCACCCCCCUUCCAUCCCUAGAAGGUGCUCCCUCUCCAUCUUUCCUAUCUCCCUCCUGGAUGUAACUACCAGUUCCCAUCUAUUGACCUCUUGGCACACCUGAUCCAGGUAUUAUAAAAAAGAAAAGAAAAAAAUUGAUGACCUGUGUCACAUUAACAUUACAUCAACUUGUUAAUCUAGCUCUAUGCGGUUUGCCUGUAAUGCCACAUAUCACACCUUUUUGACACAAAUGUAAACAACCUUACGGACAAUGUCAGUAGGUUUCACAGCUAUUGUUGUUGCAGCUGGCACAAUAAUUUUAAUGUGUGACGCAGAUGCACCAGAUGCAAAUGUUUACUCACGUUGUGUCCCUUGGACCUUGUGGGGAUGGGGCUGCACGAGAUAGCUACUGGGUAGAGGGGACAUUGCCGGCGGUUCCCCACUAUAGGGUAGGGCUGGGAAUUGCCAGGGACCUCACAAUAUGAUAUUAUCACGAUACUUACAGUAGGUGCCGAUGCGAUAUAUAUUGCGAUACUCACGAUUCCAUAUGUACAGUAUAAUGAUUCAAUACUGUGAUUUUUAUUGCCAUUCCAUGGUCCAAAUAUAUUGCUCACCAUAUGACUGCUGCAGAUGGACUAGAGAACCAUGAGAAAACUAGGUUUGAUAAGUCAUGGAAAUAAAAGUGCUGAAAACAAAUAGGCUCCCUAUUUAAAAAGGAGAUGGAGAACAAGCUAUGAAUGAGCUGGAGGGUGGGUGCUCCAUAUGUUAUGCAGCCAGUGUAAAUCAAAUCAAAUAUAGUUUUGAGGAUAAAUUCUUUAGAAUAUAAUGUAAAUAUCAAUACAAUUCCUUCUACAAAAUGUAUAGAAAUCCUAUAGGAGACAAAAAUAUUUAAAUCCUAUAGGAUUCCAAAGCAAGGAUCCAAUUAGAAUCUAAUAGAAAAAUUAAAUCAGAUAUUGGAACCAGUUCUAUUGGACUCCGACUAUGUUCUUAACCACUCUCUACCCCUCUCUAUAUCUGUCUCCCUAUCUGUACUUGCAUCUGUCCUGUAAAACAUUUUAAUAAUUUAUAACAUUUUACCCUAUAGUAUUCCAAUAAAAAAAUCAUAUCAGAAUCCAAAAGAAAAUCCAAUCAGAUUUUGGAACCAGGCCUAUUGAAAUUCUAUAGGAUUCGUUCCAAAAUAUUUUCUAUUCGAUUCUAAUAGGAUUUAUUUAUUGGAAUCCUAUAGGAUUUUUUGACUAGGGUAAUACAGUAUUAUGUUUCAGUUCUGCUUGGCCAUUAUGGGUGUUCUGGCCAAAGCAUGGGUGCACUAGUCCAGUCCUUAAUAUGAAAACUGAAAUAACAACCAUCAUAUGAUGAUCUACAAAUUAUUUAGCAUUAAGCACUUCUACAUCAGUGUACAGUAUGAUGGUCCUUAUUGCAGUUUUCACAAUACAACCAUGUAAGAUCCUGUGAGGACACUGGAUAUCUGCUUUACAGUUCUGUACUUGAAUAUUAUAGAAUGAUGACCCCCAUGCCCAGGUGACUCAAAAGAUGAAAAGAACAUAUGGUAGAAAAAGGUAAAUGGGCCUACUGUGAGUUUCCUUUAUUUUAAUUGUCCAUUUCUAUAAAUGUUCCCGCCCAUCAGUGUAAUGAAAUCAACUCCUACCUGUCCAAUCCUCUAGGUAUGAGGAUCUGCAGAAUGUCUCCCUGGGCUCUGGUGUGGAGGAUUCAACCAGCGAGACGUCCUGUUGCUCCGUGGUUUCUUCCAGCCUGGCUGUAGCCAACGGGGAGCUGCCUCCCCCUCCCCCUCCCUCUGCCAGACUGCCUCACAGGCUGGUGGCUAAAGACUGUUGGCCCAACCAGGCCCCAGACACAGGCAGGGCCCAGGGCCGGGGUCAGGAACCACCUCCACCCUCCGAUUUCGCCAUGAAGAAAAUGCGGAGAGUGGAGGUGGACAAUGGCACACCUUCUGUUACAAAUUUCCCUCCGGAAGUGAGACAGACAGGUAGUUACUGUAUCUUGCAACCAUCAAUCUCUUAUUUUAUUACCCUUACUCUUACAUACAGGUAUUCAAGUUUUAGUUCAUGUUGAAUGUUUCCUUUGAUGCAGUUCCUGUUGGAGGUGGACAUGUCCAUAGCCAUGUCCAAAGUGGUCACUCAGUCGGAGGUGGACAUGUCCAUAGCUAUGUCCAAAGUGGUCACUCGGUUGGAGGUGGACAUGCCCAUAGCUAUGUCCAAAGCGAUCACUCGGUUGGAGGUGGACAUGUCCAAAGCGGUCACUCGAUUGGAGGUGGACAUGUCCAGUGCAAUCACUCAAUUGGAUGUGGACAUCUCCAGAGCAGUUACCCUAUUGGAGGUGGACUUGUCCAGAGCAGCUACUCUGUUGUAGGUGGACAUGUCCAUAGCAGUCACUCUAUUGGAGGUGUAGCUAUCCAGAGCAGUCACAGUCACCCAGCAGAGCCAACCGAGGAAGAGAAAUCUAAAGUCUUUACCUUCACAACCAAGAAAGAACCUCCUGUCUACCCCCCAGGUGAGAGGACAAAGGAAUUAAGCAAAUAAAAUGUCUCCAUAAACACAAUCUCUAGCAACACUAGUUGUUGAUCAUAUACUUGUGUAAUAACACUGUAAUUACUCUAGUAACAAUGUUGCAUUAACAUGAUGUUACGUAAUACUUUGAUAAUUGCAUAGUAAUGGAGUAGGGAUUGUUCCAUAACCCACAUUUAUAUAAAAUAAAAUAAAAACUCUACUUCCUGUGUGUAACAGGAAGUCAAGAGGAGAGGUGGCAGCUGAUGAUCCUGGGGAAAGGGCGAGUCACGUGCCCCAAGUGUAAAAGUGUGAGCAGGAAGACUGUGGAGGGACUGAAGAAACAUAUGGAGAACUGCCGAGUGGUGUGUGUCUGCACCAUACUCACAAUAACAGCCUCCCAUGUUGCGCUCACAUUGGUUCAACUGAAUUUCAAAAACUAAACGAAUAUGUUCUUUGUAGAAUCCCUUCACAUGUCAGCAAUGCGGGAAACAACUGAAAUCUUCCACGGGAAUGAAGUACCACAUCAUGGCAGACCACAAUAACCUGGUAAGGCCAUUCUCCCAUCUGACUCUGGUUUUGGUGUGCUUCAUGUUGACGUUGGUUUUAACUCUCAUAUUUUGCCAGCCCUCGCCAGAUGACAUAAAUGGCCUGGAUGACCAGUCCAUGAAGGAAAAACUGAGGAAGGUGCUGAAACGGAUGGGGAAAUUAAAAUGCUCGAAAGAGGUAUGAUUCCUUGCUGGUGUCUGUAUCUGAAAUUCUAGUACAGAUUUCACCUUAACCCAUUGUUGGUUGGGUCCCUAGGCAGAUGGGUUGCCUCCAACAAUAACAAUGUUCUAACAGGUCUGGGAUUUCUGAGACUACAUUGUUGGUGCAUGGGAACUAAAGAUGUGUUCCAUUCUAAAAGACUGUGUGUUACUUUACAGGGCUGCACUGGUAGUUUCACCAGCAUCAUGGGUUACCUGUACCACAUGAAGAAGUGUGGGAAGGAGGAGUCUGAGCUGGAGAAGCUGCUUCUCAACUGCCAACACUGUGGCAAGGUCUACAAGUCUAAGGCAGGCCUGGAGUACCACCUCAAGUCAGAGCACGCACCAGUGAGUUCUCCAUUGCACUGCCUUUUACAGUAUACACUUCUCCACUAAUAAGGCAGUUGGUCUUUCAAGGUUACAAUUCACUGGGAGACAUUCCAUCACACAACAUGCCAUUGUGCAUACAAUCUGUAGCAGUUACAUCCUGGCAACUUCAAUGUCACAAAUAUUUCUCAGUAUAUUCACCCUCAUUCUCUCAAAACACCCCAUUCCUUUGAGUCUCUUUUCAGUCUAAUUUAUUUGAGCUUUGCUUGAGAGGGAGAUGAUAGACAGCUGUCUCCUUCUCCCCCACAGGUGCCCCAGAAUGCGGAGGAGGAUGAGGUGAAGGCCCAGAGAGAUCCCAACCCUGAGAGGACACCCAGCGGCCGGGUCAAACGCAUGUCAGCCCAGGUGGCUGUUUUCCACCUACAAGAGAUUGCUAAUGACGAGCUGGCCAAGGAGUGGCCCAAGAGGAAGGUCAUCGGGGACCUGGUCCCCGAUGAUAAGAAGGUGAAGGCACUUCAACACUAAGAUGGUCCUAGAUCUGUGCUCAUGUAUCUAUUCCUGUAGAUACAUUGACCUCCAGAUUAACCAUUAUUUUUCUCUUGGGUUCCACAGCUGAGAUAUGCCCGCCCAGGGCUGCCUGCCUUCAGUCAGGAGGUCCUUCGGAAGUGGAAAAAUGAAGUGAAGCUGCAAAAGAAAGUGCAGUGCCCAAACCUGGUACGACCCAUACGUUUCUAAAUGAUCUUUCAUCCCAUAUUGCCUAUAGUAGAGAUUUUACUCGCUGUACUAUACUUCGCUUAUAAUGUGACUGGGAAACUUUCUGGUUUCUCUCAGGGCUGUGGCUCGGUCUACACCAGUGUGUCUGGACUGAAGGCUCACCUUGGGCUCUGCGGAAGGGUAAGGAAUAGUUCUCACACUGCUCCCCCUCUCUUUCACUUCCAAGUACUGCAACGUAUCCAGAAUACAGUGAAAAUUAUUCCACUGAAACUGAGUCAAUUCUUACAUUUUGUUUUAGCAUUCAACUCUCAUUUUAGCACAAAUGUAAACCAUUAUUAAGCAUCUAAUUCAACUGAAUGUUUUCUCUAUCGAUGCAGGGGGACUUUGAAGCAGGGAAAUAUAAAUGCCUGAUCUGUAAGAAAGAGUUCAACUCAGAGAGUGGGGUGAAGUACCACAUCAACUCUGUCCACUCCCAGGUCAGAAAUUAAUUUAAGACUUUUUACCACCUUGAUGACCUACUCUAUCAUAUUAAUUUAGAAUGUUUUGCCAUAUGAAUACAGUAUUGCAAAAAUACACAUUGUAGUGCUUUUUGGUGGCACACAAUACUAAUGUCCUUCGUCCUGCGUUUUCUUAGGACUGGUUUGCGGUGACCUCAAAAUCCAAGAACUUUGAUAAGGUUCUGAAGACCAAGACCAAGCCCAAGAAGAACCGCACCGUGGAUGAACCCACUGACCAGCACCAGACUCUCCAUGUCUUCACCCCUGUCCUGGAGCCCUGGCAGGACAUGCAGAUGGGACCCCCACCAGCGGUGCCCGAGCCAGCCCUGCAGGCCAACCCUGAGGCAGCAGAGGGGAAGAGGAGGGGGAAGGGGAGAGGGAAGGAGAAGGACUGCUAUGACUUCACUGGCAGUGACCACUCCAGCAGUAGCAGCAGCGGCAGCUCCAGCAGCGAAUCAGAGACAGAGGAGCUUGAGGGCCAGAGACACGACGUCGACCAAUGGGCACUGCAGAGACCCAGUAUCAUCGAGACCCACCCUGAUGUCGCCAAGCAAGCCAGAUGCAACCCCUAGUUUGUCCGAUCACCUGACUUCAGAUCAGGGGUCUGUUCAGGAGGGUGCAACGUUACAGAACAUUCAGAUAGA